AUGUCUAUGUCUAGAGAAGUAAUCACAAUCACUAACACAAAUGACGAUUCCUUAGCUAAUUUUACCAAUAUGCGAGUUAAAGAUGAUGAAGAACAAGCUUAUUUGGUCCCUGUGAAGCUAGGUUUUGUCAAAAAGCCACAACAUGAAUGGUCGCUUCUUCGCCAUCUCUUUCCUAGCAAAGCUGGAGGAACUCCUGCUUGGCUGAAUCCAAUCAAUUUACCAUCUGGUAAAUCAUGUCUCUGUGACAUCUGUGGUCAACCUCUUCAGUUCUUGCUUCAGCUUUAUGCUCCUCCCUCUGAAGAGAAAUUAUCGGAAUUGGCAUACCAUAGAACCUUAUUUGUAUUCAUGUGCACAUCAAUGUCAUGCCUUCUCCAAGACCAACAUGAACAAUGGAAACACCACCCAGAAAAGGCCUCUAGGAGUAUUAAGGUCUUCCGUUGUCAACUUCCUUGCCACACUCAGUUUUACUCCAGUGAACCACCUAAAACCGAUGGCAAUGACAAGCCUUUAGUCGCAGCAGCGGCUCCAUUUUGUAGUUGGUGUGGUACCUGGAAAGGAGAUAAAGUUUGUAGCAACUGCAAAAGAGCACGUUACUGUUCCAAGACGCACCAGGUCAUUCACUGGAGUUCAACUCAUAAAAUCCAAUGUAGAACAAUAGAUCUUAUGCUUCAGCCAUCUAAUUCUGGGCCUAACAACUCUUCAGAGGAUAUACCAAAAGCUGCAAGCAGUGCUACCUGGCCAGAAUAUGAGAUCAUCGAGGUGGAUGAAUCUGACCCUGAGUCUGACUCUGAAAUGUCAAACAUCAACGCACAUGGAAAUGCAUUAGGUAGUGAUAAUGAGUGUAGACAUGAGACUUCUGAACCAUUGUGGCCCAUGUUAAGUGGCCGGCCAUCAAAAGCUGAUAUACCUAAAUGCAGUUCAUGUGGUAGUGAUCGGGCCUUUGAAUUUCAGAUUUUGCCACAGUUGCUUUACUUCCUUAAAGUUGAAAAUGAUUACAAGUCACUUGAUUGGGCAACCAUUGUUGUGUAUACAUGUGAAGCUUCUUGUGAUGGCAGUUUGUCAUAUGUAGAAGAAUUCUCUUGGGUUCAGCUUACAUCUCAAUCAAGAUAA